AUGAAUACUGCGGGAACUCAUACCGUCCUUCGUCUGACCGACCGUAACUCGUGGAACAGCCUGACCGAAUUCCGAGAGCGCCGACCAUGGGCCGGAAAGGGUGAAGUCCUCGUGAAGGUCCGAAGUGUGGCCUUGAACCACCGAGACCUUGCCAUUGCCACUGGAACGUACGCACAUCCGGUGAGGGACCGAGUUAUCCCCGGCUCUGAUGCGGCAGGAGACAUUGUCAUGGUUGGCAAAGAUGUCCGCGGAUUCGCGAUAGGUGACAAGGUGGUCAUCGCCUAUGACCAAAUGACACGCACUGGACCGAUCAAGUCUUGGAAUUGGGGCCUAGGCGGCCCAAUCGAUGGCGUGAUGAGAGAGUAUAUCUCUGUUUCUGAGCAUGCUGUUGCUAAAAUCCCCAAAGACUCUCCUCUUUCCUAUGCGCGGUGGGCUAGUACCGCCAGCUUUGGUGUCAUAGCCUGGAAUGCUUUGUACGGCGAUGUGCCAAUCAAAAGUGGCCAGACGGUUUUGUUUCUUGGUACCGGUGGCCUGUGUCUUUGGGGCCUCAUGCUAGCCAAAGCUGCUGGAGCGAUUACAAUCAUCACCUCCUUUGAUCCGGACCAAUUGAGAUACGUCAAAAAUGAGUUCGGACCGACGCACGCGAUUUUCUGCAAUGAGAAGAGAGACUGGGCGGUACAGGCACAGAGGCUCACCUCAGGCCGGGGUGUGGAUCACGUAUUUGACAUUGGCGGUGCUGUGACUAUCGAGAAGUCAAUCGAAGCUGUUGCCUUUGGCGGUACGAUCUCUCUCUUUGAUUGUGUGGGCCCAAAACUGGAAGGCAACAUGCCCGAUGUUGUGCAACUUGCUCUGAGGAAGGGUGUGAAGAUGCGCGCUGUUCUGCAUGGCUCGAAACAGCACUUGGAUGAAGUGAUUGCAUUCAUCGCAGCGCACGAGCUUCGGAUGCCCAUUGAGAAGAUCUUCCACUUUGACCGUGAUCAGGUCGUGGCGGCGUACAAGUACCUCGCCGGUGGUCAACCCAUCGGAAAGAUGCAGGACAUCUGUCAGGCCGAAGGCAGUGCCCCUUGGGAUGAAGGCAGCUGUAGAGAGUAUAUUGAGGAUGAACUGAGCGUAGAUAUCGAUGUGAAGCUCUCGGAUCUGAAGCAUACUGCCAAUAUGUCUCACCAUGAUUUUGUCGAUGCAGAGUCACGUAAUCGUCUGCCGACCCUCUUUGAGGUGCUGAGCCGCCGAACCCUUGCACCGGUCGACCUCUUUUCGUUCUACAUUUACAUGCGCGACCAGCAGCGUUCAGUGGACUAUUUGGAUUUCUGGCUUGAUGUAUCGCAACAUAUGCUACUAUGCCGACACUAUGUCCGUGAACUCCGUCGUUCCGUCCUGGUUGCGACCCCGGAUCUUGAACGUGCUGGAAGUAAACGAUCGUCGACUAUGCUAGACAACUUGGAGAACUUGGGUGACAUCCCACUGACGGAGGCUGGGCCUUCUCGGCUGCGCCACGGAUUCAACGAGAACGAGAAAGAAAGAGACGCCGACCAGCGUCUUUCAGCAUUCCUUCGCUCCGAAGGCGCAACCACGUCACCUUCCCGACAAAGCUUGAGAUCUUCCAACGGUUCAGUAAUUCAAACCAACUCGCACGAAGAUGGUCGCGAUACUCCUGAUUCCCGAAAUAACGACUCCAAUUCCCCUGGUCCCACAGUGGCUCGCAACGACAUUCGCGCCAGUGCUGAGAAGAUCCUGUACACCUACCUGCUUCCCGGUUCUGAGCGUGAGAUCAUGCUUCCGGAAGCAAUGGUAUCGACAAUCAUCAAUUUGAUCGAAGACGAUGGCCGAGAUGACCCCGAAGUGUUCGACCCCGCCAAGGACUAUGUGUUCCAGGCCAUGGAGCGUGAUGCAUUUCCAGGAUUUUUGCAGGCCAAGGCUCUUGGAAACAUGGUUCCCCUGAGCAUAAUCCUGCGCCUUGCUUUUGCUCUGAUCAGUUUCGGGGGAGGCUUCUGGGCUGCGUUCUACGUCGUCUUGAGGAAUAAGCCUCGGAGUAUUCGCUGUUGGAUCAUUCUACCAUUCGCUGUUGCUGCCUACUUCAUUGUCUCCUACCAGUACAAGAUCGACCCCGUCAUGGCGUUCUUAGGGUACAGUGAAUAUACGUUCAUGAACUGGGCCCCGAUUCGCGAGCCCUAUGUCCGAAAACUGCUGAACAAGCGUGCUCUCGUCACUGCAAUGAUUGCCUUCUUAACAGCGGCAGCGUUGAGCAUUUUGUUCAUUUUCGUCCCUGGUACCAUGCUGUGA